AAAACAAGCUGACAUUUUAGGUAGCUAAUAUGUAAUGGUGGUUAGAGGCUAGCUAACUUAAGUUCGAGUGUAGUCUGUCGGGGUUUUAUGUGUUUAACUUCAACUAGCUUUAUUCAUUUAUUUGUUUUGCUUGCUGGCAUUCUUGCACAGUAUAAUCAGUUUUCUAAAGCAGCAAUCAUCUAGCUAGCUAUAAUGUCAGACGCGCUUUCUGAAGCAAGCGACUUGAGUGGAGAUGACAGUCAGGAUGUAAUGACACCGGCUGAGCUGAUUGCUAAACUGGAGGAGGCCUGGCUGAAUGAGAAGUUUUCCCCCGAGCUGCUGGAGAACAAGUCUGAGAUUGUGGAGUGUGUGAUGGAGCAGCUUACUCACAUGGAGGAGAAUCUACAGCGGGUUCGGAAGGGCGAUGUGAAGGCCAGCAUCCACCGCAUGGAGAUCGACAGGAUCCGCUUCGUCCUGAGCAGCUACCUCCGCUCUCGCCUGCAGAAGAUAGAGAAGUUCUUCCCCCAUGUCCUAGAGAAAGAGAAGUCCCGGGCAGAGGGAGACCCCUCGUUUCUCUCUCCGGAGGAGUUUGCCUUUGCCAAAGAGUAUAUGGCCAACACAGAAACAUACCUGAAGGCUGUGGCUGUGAGACACAUGCCCCCAAAUCUGCAGACUAUAGAUAUGCUAAAAGCAGUGCCUGAGCCCUGCUUGGACUCCUUCGUGUUUCUGCGUGUGAAGGAGCGCCAGGAGAACAUCCUGGUGGAGCCCGAGACUGACGAGCAGAGAGAGUAUGUUGUUGACCUGGAGGAAGGCUCUCAGCAUUUGAUGCGGUACCGCACUAUAGCGCCCCUGGUGGCCAGUGGGGCAGUACAGCUCAUAUAGGAGUGAAGAAUCAUUGCUGAACAUCUUGGCAACAUGUUGAUGGACUCCCAGCUGCAAAUAUUGGUUGCCCUUGAAAAACUGGAUUCCACUUUCCUGAA